AUGAAAUUCACCAACAUUGUGCUUGCUACUUUAUUUUCAACAUCCACAGUAACAGCUAAUCAGGCUACAGGAAGUUUCAAGAUUGAUUUCAAUGUUGAGAGAAGUGAACCACGUUUCGUUAAACGUACUGAUGUAGAGGGAACCGUGUUGAUGGAAUUAAGCAACCAGAAAAUUCUUUACGUAGCUGAGUUGCAACUUGGAUCAAAUCACGAUGAUGUUGUUGUGCAUGUUGAUACUGGAAGUGCUGACCUUUGGGUACCUGCAACCGAUGUAAAUUGCACAAAGGAAAAUCCGUUUGCUGCACUUCUUCAAGGACAAGCCGGCAAUAACAACAACAACACUGAACAAUCAUCAAAGUCAGUAGCUACCUCAAGAAGAAACAAACGCGCCGAUGAUCAAGUCUACAGCGCAUUGAAUUCUUCAGAUGAGCCAUUACCCACUAAUGUUCCAGAAGUUGGAAAUACGGGUGUUGAGUCCAAUUCAAGCUCCGCUGGUGAUAAUACCCAACCAGUGGCUUCCAAUACUUGUAUAGCACUUGGUGCAUUCAACACGGAAGCUUCUGAGACUUUUGAAAACAACGGGACAAAUCCAUUCAUGACUUUAUAUGGUGAUGGCGACUAUGCGCUUGGAGUGUGGGUUAGAGAUACAAUCAAAAUUGGCAACGUUUCCAUAUCUGAUGUCACUUUCGCUGUUGCCAACAGAACCUCCAAUGUUAUGGGUGUAUUGGGUAUCGGAUUACGUGGUUUGGAAGCUACUUCGCAACUUGGAUACGUGUACGACAAUUUACCUUACAAAAUGAAGGCAGAUGGGGUGAUUAACAAAGUCUUGUACUCGUUAUAUUUGAACGAAGCCGAUGCUAAAAGUGGCUCUGUUUUAUUUGGUGCCAUUGAUCAUGCUAAAUACAAAGAAAAUUUAGAGACAAUACCUAUCGUUGAGGGUAGAGAUGGUACGUUGCUGGAUUUCAGCGUUGAGCUCAAACAAAUCUCACUAAGCCGUGAUGGAAAUUCAGACGACUUGUUGCAAAACUCAACUAAUGUUAUACUUGAUUCUGGAUCAACAGUGUCAUACUUGUUGCCACAUCAGUUGGAAGCAGUGGGUCAAGCUUUUGAUGGCGAAUUGAGUGAUGGGAAAUAUAAAGUUGACUGUGAAUUGCUAAACUCAAACUCAACGUUGGACCUCACAUUCGGAAGCAAGAUCAUCAACGUUCCAGUUUCGAAAUUGAUCUUGCCCCAAAAUGAAACAUCGUGCUAUUUGGGAAUUUUGCCACAGCCACAAGAACAAAAUCAAAAAACAUAUGCAUUAUUUGGAGACAACAUCUUGAGAAGCGCUUAUAUAGUCUAUGACUUGGAAGACUUGCAAGUCCAAAUUGCGCAAGCUCGUUAUACCGAUGAAGAAGAUAUUAGAGUUGUUGGGGGAAAAGAGUCAACUAGAGGAGCCAGCGGAACAAACUCAACUUCAAAUGGAACUGAUUCUGGUGAUUCUGGUAUCGUUGCGCCAAAUGAGCAGGAAAGUGGUGGAGACAGUGUAUACAAAUCGUCGUGGAUUUUCGUACUCUCUGGGUUGAUCAUCCCAUUGUGUUUGGUUUAA